AUGAGCCCAAGUAUCUCGUUCCUAGUCGAUAGACUUGAUAGUUGCCAAAAUAAGAGUAUCGUUGGACCACUCACACAACUGGAACUUCUGCAAGAAUUGACAAAAGAGUGUCGUUAUGAUAAAAUGGUUAGGCCUAUGGGUGAAUUGAGUGAACGAAACCCAGUGAGGGUUUGGUCAAGAGCUUAUAUCUACACUAUUAAAUCUAACAUGGCUAAAACUCUGCAAUUUGAUGUACACAUGAUGUUACAAUUCCGAUAUUUGGAUAACAGACUCCGAUUUGAAGAUAUUGCACCACAUCAGAAUCAGAUAUUCGGUGGACAAUCAGCACACGAUCUGAUUUGGACACCAUCGGUUUACGUAGCAAAUGAACGGAGUUCUGUAAUUAUGGGUAAUACUGUCAAGGAUCUUUUAAUUUCAAUCGAUCCUUCUGGUAUGGUUAUACUGAACACUAGACUAGAAGCAAUUCUUAAUUGUGGUUUGAGAUUAGAAAAAUUUCCAUUCGACGUUCAGGAAUGUCCAUUGGUUUUCGAAAGUUGGACGCACAGUGUUCAAGAUAUGGUACUCAAUUGGGAUGAGGCUCCCAUUGUACUUGCUGAUGAACUGCAUUUAACAGAGUAUCGUUUGGUAGAUAAAUGGGUAAACAGAUCGGAAGUAUCUUACACUACAGCGCAGCAACAUUACGGACAUUUCGCUGGUAAUUUUAGUUCAAUUAGCAUAACAUUUAAACUUGCUCGUGAAAUGGGAUUCUUCAUGAUGGAUUAUUAUAUACCUUCUAUUUUAAUAGUUGUUAUAUCAUGGGUUUCAUUUUGGCUUCAUAUGGAUGCCAGUCCACCCAGAAUCGUAUUGGGUACGAACACAAUACUCGCAUUUAUGACACUUGCAUCGAAGGUCGAAAAUUCCUUGCCGAAAGUGUCAUAUAUCAAAGCUAGUGAAAUUUGGUUUUUAGGAUGCACGAUAUUUCUCUUUGCAGCGAUGGUCGAAUUCGCAUUCGUCAAUACAAUAUAUAGAAGAAAAAAAAAUGUGCCUUUAAAAAAAGUUAAUAGCAAGUAUAUUCUAAAAUCGACAUUGACACCGAGACUCGCUCGAAAACAAUUUCAAAAAAAUACAACAGGUAUUGAAAGAUCCCGCUCUUGGUCAUCUCUUGACAACGGCAAUAUCUCUGAGAAAGACUACAUGAGUCAGAAUUAUCUCACAAUACAUAGCUUUCCAAGUACGAUAAACGUUCCAGCAGUAAGAAUAGAUAAUGAGAAAGAUAAUUCAAUCGGUAGCAUGGUGACAAUAGACGGCAAUCCAUCUCCUCCACCUCCGCUGCCUCCCGCUAAAUCCAUACAGAGGCGAUCGACCCUUGUCCAACUUAACACUUUCACGACCAUGACACCCCAAGAGAUUGCACAAUGGAUUGACAAACGCAGUCGCAUUGUCUUCCCCGUCGCAUUUCUCAUUUUUAAUAUUCUUUACUGGUCGUUCAUUUGGAUAUGACAAGAAACAAGUCGACUCUCAGAAUUUAAAGAUAAACAUUGUAUUUCAUUUAAAAAUUAAAAUUUUGUCAUUUAUAAAUACAUGUGCAUUAUUUUAUAGAUAUUUUCGAUCGACCAAAUCAACUAAACAUGAAUUAACCAAAUAUGAAAUGGAUAAACAGCUACGUUAUGAAAAACUAUUUACUAAAAUGAGAAAUGCUGCAACAGUAAUUUUUUUCAAACACAUUUGAAGCUAACGAAAUUUGGAAUUAGAUAAAUGGAUUUUUUUUC